AUGCCCCUGCAUGCGCAGCGUGUGGCCCGCCAUCAGAGUGCCCGGAGCCCGUUUGCCUCUGUCGCACGGAUCUCGGUGAGAAGCGCCACCUCUGUUUCCCAAAAUCCGGCCACACCCUCGCCCAGACGCCCCGAGGCCGCGCCAGGCUUUUCCUGGCAGCCGAGAACCCCCGCGCCCUCGUUUUUCCCGUUUUCCGAGCUCGCCGCGGGCGGAUUUGCGGGCCUGCUCGCCGCGCCUGGAUAUGUGCUCAAGAGCAAGGACUCCGGGGCCUCGGAACCCGCCGAAAAGCCCCUGAAAUCGCCCGAGCUGGGGCCCAAGGACAAGCCGAGCGACGGCGCCGCUGAGAACGACGCACCCCCGCCGAAAAACGACGAAAAUGACGUGCCUGCUCCCAAAGAGCUGGACGUCCCUGCGGACGAGACGCCCGGGUCCAGCGGAGUGCCCACUACCGCCGGCUCUUCCGGCGCUGCGGCCCUGGGCGGCAGUGGCAACAACAACGGCAAUGGCGGCGGCAACAACAACGGCAAAAACGGCGGCAACGGCGACGCGGAGGCCGUGGAAAUGGUGCUGGAAACAGGCGCGUACCCCCCGUUCCUUGCCAUUGCCAUGAAGGACCGGCCGCAGCUCCCUGGGCGGGAGUUCUCCAUCAACAUCUCGGACCCCAAGGUCAAGAGUGCCGUGACGGAGAUCUGCAGCCGCCGCGAGCCGCACUUUGUGCUUUUCCACAUGAACGAUCCCGACAUGCCGGACACAGAUGUGAUCCAGGACCGCAAGUCCGUGUACGACAUUGGCGCGCACUGCUUUGUGCUCCGAACGUACGAGGACGGCGACAACUUGCGCAUUUUGGGCCGCGUCAUGGAGCGCUGCCGCUUGGAGAAGUUGGUCACGCCCGACGAGCAGGCGCAGCCGGCCGACCCCGAGGAAAUGGCCGAGGAUUUCCCGACGCUGUACUUGCGGGACUUUGGCGUGUCGUACGCGCGCGUGACGCGCUGUGACGACGAGCCGUUCGACGCCGACAGCCCGGAAAUCAAGUUCUUGGUGGCGCAGGUCAAGGCGUACUUCGAGGUCAUCGACUCCAAGAUCCCCAGCAAGAAGAUCGUCACCACGCGCGGCGCCAGUCUCUUGAACUCGCCCUCGCAGCUUGCGGACUUCAUCGGCUCGCUCUCUGCGGCGCCCGCGGACAAGAUCCAGGAGUUGCUUCUGGAGCUCAAUGUCGAGGCGCGUUUGAGAAAGGCACUUGAGUUGUUCAAGGUCGAGCUCAAGUCGUACUACACGUUGAUUGACACCACGAUGGAGAUCACGUCCAAGGCCGAGGAGGCCCAACACAAGCAGUUCAUCAAGGAGUACAUCAAGGGCCUCCAGAGACACAUUGGCGGGCCGGAGGCGGCCUCGCUGAAAACCGCCAAGUUCGACGAGCGGAUCCAGCAUAUGAAGCUCACGGAAGAGGCGAUGGAGGCGUACAACACGGAGAAGGCCAAGUUGGAGUCGGGCCAGGAACAUUCCAGCGAGCUCGCCGUCAGCGAAAAGUACUUGGACUGGUUGACCCUGAUUCCCUGGGGAAUCUACUCGAAGGACAGGUUCAACGUCAAACUCGCAAAGACUGUUUUGGACAGAGACCACUAUGGCUUGAAGGACGUCAAGGACCGUAUCCUCGAGUUUAUCUCCAUGGGCAAAAUCUCCGGUAAGGUUGACGGCAAGAUCUUGUGUCUCGUCGGCCCCCCGGGUACCGGCAAAACCUCGAUUGCCAAGUCGAUUGCCGAAUCCUUGGACCGCCGUUACGUCAGAAUUGCCAUGGGAGGUAUUCAAGAUGUCCACGAGGUGAAGGGUCACAGAAGAACAUACGUGGGCUCGAUUCCGGGCCGCAUCAUUUCCUCUUUGAAGCAAGCGAAAACAUCGAACCCUUUGCUCUUGAUUGACGAAAUCGAUAAGCUCGACAUGAGCAAGAGCGGGGGCGCCGCGUCGGCGUUCUUGGAGAUUUUGGAUCCCGAGCAAAACAAUGCUUUCGUUGACAACUACAUUGACGUCAAAGUUGACCUUUCCAAGGUAUUGUUUGUGUGCACCGCAAACUACUUGGGGAACAUUCCAGGUCCAUUGAGAGACAGAAUGGAGGUGAUCGAGGUCCCAGGCUACACCAACAAUGAGAAGUUCGAGAUUGUCACCAAGCAUUUGAUUCCUAACGCGGCAAAGAGAGCCAACUUGGACGAGUCCCGCGUUUCCAUCAGCGCCGAGUCCGUCAGAAGGUUGAUUGACAAAUACUGCAGAGAAAGUGGAUUGAGAAACUUGAAGAAGCUCAUUACAAGAAUAUUCAGCAAGGCGUCUUUGAAGAUUGUGCAAGAACUCGAGGAGAGAGAGCCCGCCGAGGCCACCGAGACCGCGAAGAAGGCCGCGCCAUCUAACAAUCCUGACAAGGGGGACUCAAAUAUUGUCCAGGAGUUCAAGACCCUUGACACUAGUAUUGAGAAGGGCGAGAUUGAGAAGGGCGGCCUCGAGAAGAGUGCGGACAGUUCUGUCCUCCCGCACGAAAUUCCCGAGGACAUCAAGCUCGACGUUACCCCCAAGGUUUUGAAGGACUACGUUGGCCCCGAGAUCUACACCAAAACCCGUGUGUAUGACCUCCCCCCUCCCGGUGUUGCGACAGGUCUUGCCUACAGCACCUCUGGAAAUGGCGAUGCUUUGUACAUCGAGUCUAUCUUGACGAAUUCCAUUGGAGCAGGAACCGGAAGCGCUGGGAUGCGGGUCACUGGGCAUUUGAAAGAUGUGAUGAAGGAAUCAGCGUCGAUCGCCUACUCGUUCUCGAAGCUGUUCAUGGUCAAGAAGUAUCCCGCGAACCGGUUCUUCGAGGGCGCCGACAUCCAUGUGCACUGCCCUGAAGGCGCUGUGCCCAAGGACGGGCCGUCGGCAGGAAUCGCGUUCACGUCCUCCUUGAUCUCGUUGGCUCUCAACCAGUCUUUGCCUCCAAACGUUGCCAUGACGGGUGAGAUCACGCUCACAGGGAAGGUGUCCGCAGUCGGCGGGCUCCGGGAGAAGAUCUUGGGUGCGAAGAGGUAUGGAUACGACACCAUCAUUUUCCCCAAGGACAUUGAGAACGAGUUGGAGGAGGUGUCGGAAGAAGUGAAGGACGGGAUGACGUUCGUCCCCGUGCUGUGGUACGACGAGGUUUUCGCGGCGAUCUUCCCCGGCGCCGACGCCGACAAGAUCAACCGUUUGUGGAAGAAAGAGUUUGCGAAGCGCGACGAGAAGAAGAGUAAGCCCAAGAAGUGA